GCGAGUGGUGGUUGUCGUACGUUAUCGGUACGCGAACGGGACAACUCACAUUGUCCCAAGAAUACAUUAUUAUUUUGUUUGAGUUACUUCCGCCAUAACCACUUUUCACCCAUCGUUAUGACAUGUUAAAUACCAGUGACCAGUGCGUCUGAAUUUUGUUAUCAGUGCCAGACACGGAAUUUUAGUUUACCCUUCUAAAUUCGAAGAAAAGUUUAGGAAAAAUGUCGAAGUCAGGGAGUAUAAAGGGGAGCAUAAAAAAUGGGGAGAAGGGUCCUUAUGACCCCGUACCAGUGAGUGCCGAGGGUUGUGACGAAAUAAAAUUAGAAGCCAAAAUGUCACUUCUAAAUGGUGUCACAGUCAUCGUUGGAUCCAUUAUUGGUUCUGGUAUCUUCGUCAGCCCAAAAGGAGUCCUAGAAAAUACCGGAAGUGUUAAUGCUAGUUUAAUAGUUUGGACGGUAUCAGGACUCUUUUCCAUGGUGGGGGCUUAUUGUUACGCCGAAUUGGGAUGUAUGAUAAGGAAAUCCGGAGCAGAUUAUGCAUAUAUUAUGGAAACUUUCGGGCCUUUUAUGGCCUUUGUUCGAUUGUGGAUCGAGUGCAUGAUAGUGAGACCCUGCAGCCAGGCAAUUGUGGCACUGACUUUUAGCAAAUAUGUUCUGAAACCCAUGUUUCCGGAAUGCGAGCCUCCUGCAGAAGCUGUCGCAAUGUUGGCUGCAUGCUGUAUUUUUACCUUGGCAUUCAUUAAUUGCUGGGACGUAAAAUGGGCCACGAGAGUACAAGACGUCUUUACUUAUGCAAAACUGUUAGCUCUUUUUGUUAUCAUAAUCGCUGGAGCUUAUCAGCUUUUUACUGGACACACUCAGAACUUCACAUUUGAAAAUUCAAAAACUGAAGUAACGACGAUCGCUCUCAGUUUUUAUUCCGGCUUAUUCGCAUAUAACGGGUGGAAUUAUUUGAACUUCAUUAUCGAAGAAUUGAAAGAUCCAGUCAGAAACUUGCCACUGGCUAUUGGAUUAUCCUGCACGCUCGUAACGAUCGUCUACGUUUUCACAAAUGUUGCUUUCUACACGACUCUCAGCCCUGCAGAAGUCUUGGGUAGUGAAGCAGUCGCUGUGACCUUCGCUAACCAAUUGUUCGGAGUGAUGGCAUGGAUAAUUCCAGUUUUCGUUGCUCUCUCUUGUUUUGGUGCAGUAAAUGGUAUUUUGCUCACCUCAUCCCGACUCUUCUACGCUGGAGCUUGCGAAGGACAGAUGCCGGAAAUUUUGACGAUGAUUCAAACUUCGAGGUUAACACCCACCCCAGCUGUACUUUGUAUGGCUCUAUUGUCUAUGGUGUACCUGAUGUUCCCAGACAUUAAUAGUUUGAUCAAUUACGUAGGAUUCGCUACUUGGCUGAGUAUAGGCGUAUCGGUACUCUGUGUUCCCUGGCUCAGAUGGGCCCAGCCUAACUUGCCAAGGCCGAUCAGGGUGAAUUUAGCAUUUCCCAUUGUUUACAUCAUUGCUACCUUGUUCGUCACCAUUGUACCGAUGUAUGCCAGUCCCCUCGACACUGGCUAUGGUUGUCUGAUGAUAUUGUCUUCUGUACCUGUAUACUUCCUCUUCAUUGCAUGGAAAAGUAAACCCAAAUUCUUCCAAAAGGGCGUCGGCGCCGUUACCAAAACUUUCCAGAAGCUGUUGGUAGUCGUCGGACCAAAAUCCAAGUGAGUUCAACCAAGUUCCUGCAGAAGAUAAUGCUCGUCGUUGGGAAGGCAAAACCUGCUCAGGUCUAAAAAGCUGAUACUAUUAAAAUUGUUGACGAAUCGCUUCCCUCUUCGUCUGGAACGAAGUUUAAUUAAAUAAGAACAAAUUGCUAGAACAGAAAAAGAAGGGUAGAAAAGCAUUUUACAAAAUUCUCUCUCCAGAAACGAAAAAUUGGUCUUCCAAAAGCAAGAAGCAGCCAUUCGUGAAUGGGAGAUCAUCGAUCGUUUCUCAAUUGACAAAUUACUAAACACUCGCUUCUAAUUCUUGAACCAGCAGCGAAUUUUCCAAAACUAGAGAAAUUACCUCAGAGAGAAAACUUGUCGACAAUAUUUUUAUAAUUACAGAACCAAAUACAAAUUUUCUUGAUUCUGUAAUCAAAGUUUUCUCUUCGAGUAUCAAAUAGAAAAAAAAUAUAUUUUUCAGUCGAAAUUUCGAGUUUGGUUCGAUUGACAAGACCAGAAUUCUAUAUUGUCGAGUUUUAUUCAAAUAACAUUGUAAUUUAGAAGGAAAACAUACGCGCUUCGGAAUUUUGUGAUUCAUUUAACUCCCGGUUAGAUACCUGCAUUUUUGUCCGUUUUUUUGGAGGAAAUUACUAACAAUUUUAAUUCAAUCAAGUACAAAUUUUCGUUUUUAGUCAUUUUUUUGUCAUAUGAGAAUAAAAUAAUAUAUUAAGAAUAAAAUAAAUAUUUUUGGAAAAAUUGACAGAAAGUUUUUUCAAAACGCAGUAUUUUUCGAACGCGAGUAGGUAUUUAAAAAUUACUUUUUU